AUGGGACAAGAAAUUGGCAAAUGUGUUAAAACCGACAGCGUUGACGAUCGGAGCGGUGUGUACAAACAAUGCACACCAGCACCAUCGACCGCGAAUGGUAAACGCGAUGGAGGAAGGAAGAAAAAGAGGUUUUGGAGACGGAAGAAAGGCCUCAGAGAAGAUCAGGUUCAGGCUACUGAAGUGAUCGAUGUGGCAUCUGACAGAAACACCGACGAGUUUCAGGAAAACCAGGAAACUCUCACCUGUGACCUGGAGAUGCUCAGCACUCAGGAACCAGUCCUGUCUGAGUCCCUUGUGCAGGUGCACUUUGGGUCGGACUCGACUGAGGAUGCCGUACAGGAUCCAGUCACUAUAGAGUCGGACUGGAAGGAAAAGCUGGAUUGGGAUAAAGAAAUCCAGCCAGCACCAGUCAGUGUGGCUGAGGAGGGAAUGGAGGAAUAUGAGGAGCCCAGCGUGGUCAUUAAGGAAAUCAAGUCAUGCCGGUAUGAGAUCGGUGACAUGCUGUCUGAAUGCGCUUUUGGAGCCAUUUAUGAAGGGACCCGGUUGAAGGAUGGCUUGAAGGUUUGUUUUGUUGAUCAGGUGGCAGUGAAACGUGUCAAUACCUCUAAGCAUCUGGAUUAUAUCAAAAUCCCAGGUCACCCUGAGCCUCUUCCACGUGAGGUGGCUCUUCACAUGCUUGCCUGUGAUGGAGAAAUCCUUCCUGAGGUUGUCCAGCUCUUGGACUGGCAGGUGUAUCCGGACCACUACAUCAUGGUCCUGGAGCGCCCCUCUCCCUGCGUGGAUGUACGUGAAUUUGCCACGAGCAACAAGGGAAAACUCAACGAGGAGGUAGCCAAAGACAUCAUGUGGCAGGCGACCACAGCUGCCUACAAGUGCUGCCGGCGGGGGGUUUUCCACCGUGAUAUCAAAAUGGAGAACCUCCUCAUAAGAACAGACACCCUAUACGUCAAACUCAUCGACUUUGGGUGCGGCGAUCUGCUUACAGGGUCGUCUUACAAGACGUUUAUGGGCACAAGAGACUACGCCUGCCCAGAGUUUUUCAAAACGGGCGAAUAUUACGGACAGCCGGCGACGGUGUACUCGCUGGGCGUGCUGCUGUUCGCCAUGGUGUGCGGGACAUUUCCCAACUGUAAUGACCAGUACUCGAUCAACGAAAGGAUCUUGUACAAAGACGGCUUGACUGAAGAAUGCUGCCAUUUGAUUGAAGCCUGUCUGCAAGAGGAUCCAGAGGAUCGUAUUGAACUGGAUGAGAUCCUUCACCACACAUGGUUUCAGGACAAAUAUCCUGCCGACGGUCUCCAGACUCCCAUCCACUUUAAUGAGAAUAAAGAGGAUGAUCAGAAGCCCAGAGUGAGAAUUGAAGAAAUCAAUGGCCGGCGGUAUGAGAUCGGCAGAAAGUUGGGUCAAGGCGGUUUUGGAUACGUCCAUGAAGGGACGCGUCUGCGGGACGGAUUGAAGGUGGCAGUGAAAAUUGUCAAGAAGACCGAUGAUGUGAGGGAGGAUUAUAUCAACUUUCCGGGUCAUCCUGAGCCUCUUCCACGAGAGGUCGGUCUUCAGAUGCUUGCCUGUGAGGGAGUACAUGUUCCUGUAAUCGUCCAGUUGCUGGACUGGCAGGACGAUUUAGACCGAUACUUCAUGGUCCUGGAGCGCCCCUCUCCCUGCAUGGACCUGCUCGGUUUCAUGAAAAACAAUGGAGGCAGAGUGACCGAGUACAUUGCGCAGGCUAUCAUGUUGCAAGCGACUUAUGCGGCUGUCGUCUGCUGCCUACGGGGGGUUUUCCAUAGAGACAUAAAGCUGGAAAACCUCCUGAUUAACCCGGACACGCUGAAGGUCAAAAUGAUUGACUUCGGGUGCGGCGAUCUGCUUAAAAGAUCAGCUUACAAGAAGUAUAUGGGCACGAGGAUCUACAUGUGCCCCGAAUACUUUGAAUGGGGCGAGUACUAUGGAAAGCCGGCGACGGUGUACUCGCUGGGCGUGCUGCUAUUCGCCAUGGUGUGCGGGAGAUUUCCCACCUAUUCAGACCGGGACCAGAUCAACGAGAAGUCGUGGAGUAAAGACGGCUUGACUGAAGAAUGCUGCCAUUUGAUUGAAGCCUGUCUCCAAGAGGAUCCAGAGGAUCGUCUUGAUCUGGAUGAGAUCCUUGAACACAAGUGGUUUCAGCAGGAAGAUCCCGCAGACGGCCUCCAGACUCCCGUCCACAAUGGGGGUGAUGAUGUCAUUGAGGAUCCAGAUGAUGCUUGGUCUGACUUGAAUGAUCAUGUGGACAUUUUUAGCCUGCACACUUCAGGCAGUCAGUCCGAAGAAGAGUCGGAGGAUGAUCAGAAGUCCAGAGUGAGAUUUGAACAAAUCAAUGGCCGGUGGUAUGAGAUCGGCGGAAAGUUGGGUCAAGGCGGUUUUGGAUACGUACAUGAAGGGAAGCGUCUGCGGGACGGAUUGAAGGUGGCAGUGAAAAUUGUCAAGAAGACCGAUGAUGUGAGGGAGGAUUAUAUCAACUUUCCGGGUCAUCCUGAGCCUCUUCCACGAGAGGUCGGUCUUCAGAUGCUUGCCUGUGAGGGAGUACAUGUUCCUGUAAUCGUCCAGUUGCUGGACUGGCAGGACGAUUUAGACCGAUACUUCAUGGUCCUGGAGCGCCCCUCUCCCUGCAUGGACCUGCUCGGUUUCAUGAAAAGCAAUGGAGGCAGAGUGACCGAGUACAUUGCGCAGGCUAUCAUGUUGCAAGCGACUUAUGCGGCUGUCGUCUGCUGCCUACGGGGGGUUUUCCAUAGAGACAUAAAGCUGGAAAACCUCCUGAUUAACCCGGACACGCUGAAGGUCAAAAUGAUUGACUUCGGGUGCGGCGAUCUGCUUAAAAGAUCAGCUUACAAGAAGUAUAUGGGCACAAGGACCUACACCUGCCCCGAAUACUUUGAAUGUGGCGAGUACUAUGGAAAGCCGGCGACGGUGUACUCGCUGGGCGUGCUGCUAUUCGCCAUGGUGUGCGGGAGAUUUCCCACUCAUUUUGACCUGGACCAGAUCAAUGAGAAGUCGUGGAGUAAAGACGGCUUGACUGAAGAAUGCUGCCAUUUGAUUGAAGCCUGUCUGCAAGAGGAUCCAGAGGAUCGUAUUGAUCUGGAUGAGAUCUUUAACCACACAUGGUUUCAGGAAGAUCCCGCAGACGGCCUCCAGACUCCCGUCCACACUGGGAGUGAUGUCGGCAUUGAGGAUCCAGAUGAUGCUGGGUCUGACUGUAAUGAUGAUGGGGAGGUUAUAAUACAGCAGACCUCAGUUGGUAGUGUGUCAGGCGUGCUACAGACCUAUAUCGCUCCUCCCUGUCAUUGCAAAGACGCUGGAACAAGCUGUCUUCACCCAGUCCACAACCUGCUGGACAGCAAACAGUCAGGCUUCAAAAGCAACCACUCAACUGAGACUGCUUUGCUUUCUGUGACUGAGGUGCUACGACAGGCUAAGGCGAAGUCCAAAUCCUCUGUUCUUCUGCUCGAUUCAUCUGCUGCCUUCGAUGCGAACCUGGAGGUGUCCUGGAGGGUCGAGCUAUCCAAAGCUCAUCAUUUGGUCAAUGGGGUUCCUCAGGGAUCAGAGCUGUCUGGAAUAUAUCUCAACCUGGAUGAGAAACCACCACCUCCAGCUCAACCUGGCUAA